UUCUCGAGCCGUCGUCUUUUCUCUCCGCUGCUGGGCAGUGCGGGCCUACUGCUUGCCCUUUCCAACACCUAUUCCUCUUUAAUACAAACAGUCUGCAUCUAAUACUACUCGUCCAUUGUCGCAAUGAUUUUCUCCAAGACCCUCCUCGGCUUCUUACUCGCCAGUCACGCUUCAGCAACCUCCCACGCACUCUUCUCCAGAAGUCAUGAUGCCAUGGAACACCUCCAACGAGACACAAACCUAGUGGCCACCCUCACCCGCCGACAAGAUGCCAACCCAGCCGACACAGCACCGAGAAUCUCCACUACGCCGGCCUCGGGAGACGCAGCAAUGGCAGACCUGGCAAAAUGGGAGGCAGAGACGAAGGCAGCCUGCGAUACCGCCAUGACCGCCCUCAACGGCCGCGCAUCCAACCCAACCGGACUCGGCGUGUGCUACAACCUCCCCUUUCUCGACAACUCCACGGGCGUCUUCCUCGCCGAGCUCCGGCUAUACAACAUCACCGCCCCGAUUGAUCCUUGGCGAGGCAUAGCUGCCGCCGACAUUGAUCUGGCGCUUUCGUACUCGGGAGCCACGGUGCAGAAUAUGCCCGGCACGUUUCAAAAGCGUUCCGCGCCGAACGGCAACAACCCUCUCUCGAGACGACAGAACAACAACGCCCAAACGCCCGAGACCUUGAAGGUCCUCAUGUACGUCGGCCAACUCAACGCCAACCUCAUGGGCACCGCAAUGACGCAAGAAAUCCUCCAACCCCUCCUCAUCCCCAUGAUCGAACUCUCCUCCCGCUCCCGCCCGGACCUCAAAGCCGGCCUCACCUCGCAAGACGCCUCGUUCGUCAACGGCGUCUUCGCCGCCCAAGGCCCCACCGUCACCGACGAAGCAGCCGCCGCGGCCUCGGCCUCCGCCCUCGUCGCCACGGCCGUCCCAUUCGUAUUGCCCGGUACCGCGCUUGCGUUUUUCCCCGUUGGACUGGUCAUCACGUGUGUGUGGACGGCAUUGUUCCUUUUGUCGGUGGGGCUGGGGACCGUGGGUCGGAUGCAGUUCCGCGAGCAGUAUCGGAGGAGGAUCAAGAGGGAGAUGGCGGCGGGGUUGAGGACGAUAUAGAUCUGUCUAGUUCACUCAGGCUUCGUUUUUUGGGUUUAUAUCGAGGGUUGUUUUGUUUCAUUUGCUGUGUUUUAGCAUUAUCCGUCUUCGAUUCGCUACCUGCUUAUUUUUGUAUAUAAUAUGGGGGUUAUAUA